AUGCAUGCUCUGCAGCAAUAUGGGCACGAGGGUAGCAGCAAUCAGCCAACUCAUUACGACAAUAAUGCCUAUACCUUGACAUCUACGUUUCAUGCUGGAAUUCUAGGGUUAUACGCGACUCACCCUACAAGGUCUACGAAUAACGAUAACCCAGACCGUCAUACUGAUUAUGUGAUGACACAAAUUGGGCAAUGGGCAUUACAUGGUGACCCAGAGACCUAUCAGCGGGGUCUGAUAGCCUAUCGAAAUGCCCGAGACCUGACCAGAGAACUCAGGGACGGCUUUAUCGGGCAAGCAAAUGAGCGAUACGCGGCUGGUCAAGAUGAUGACUGUCAUUUGACUGGAUCUGAGGAAAGUAAUUAG